GCAAAACUUGUUAGGUACAACAUCACCUCCGCUAGUACUUGUGUUUGUGUCUAUAUAUGUAUGUUCAGUUUCAUUGUAAAUUGGCCCAGCAAACACCUCUCCUCUCUCUUUCUUGAAAAAUGGUGAGCUUAAAGGGUUCUUACAUGGUGAAGCCAUUGGAGCAGACACCAAAUAGUCUUAUGGAUUUGUCAGACUGUGACCAGAUUCAAGCCAUAACUCAUGCUCCAACAGUCUAUUUCUAUCGACCCGCCUCAAAGUUUGAUUAUACUACCCCAAUAGACAUCCUAAGAGACUCUCUCAGCAAAGCCCUUGUUAUCUUCUACCCUCUUGCUGGCCGCUUGCACUGGAUUGACUCCGCAGGCCGCCUCGAGCUCCACUGCAACUCCAUGGGAGCUCUGCUGCUCGAAGCAGAGUCCGAAGCCAAAAUCGACGACUUCGGUGACUUCUGUCCAACUCCACAGAUCAGAGCCCUCGUACCAUCCGUAGACUAUAGCUCGCCAAUUCACGAACAGCCUCUAGUGUUGGUGCAGCUCACCAAGUUCAGCUGCGGUGGAAUUAGCAUCGGCCUGGGGAUAUCCCAUGUCUUGAUUGACGGCCCAAGUGCGUUUCACUUCGUCACCGAGUGGGCCAAAAUCGCUCGUGGCGAGCAAUCAGACAACCCUCCGUUUCUUGAUCGCUCCGUAUUACUAGCCAAGGUACCUUUGGCUCCACCAAGUUUUGAUCAUGUAGAGUUAAAUCCAACACCACUCUUGAUUGGUCGAUCCGAUAAUUUGGAGGAACGAAAGAAGGAAACUAUGGUGGUCAUGUUGAAGCUAAGCAAAGACCAAAUCGACAAGUUAAAGAAGAUAGCAAAUGAGGGUAAGAGUAGAGACAGAAACGGCGGUGGCUAUAGCCGGUACGAGGCUGUUGCUGGGCACAUGUGGAGGUGCGCAUGCAGGGCUCGGAAGCUCGGAAGCCAGCAGCAAACGAGGUUAGAUGUUGCCAUAAAUUUCAGGAACCGUUUGGAUUUGCCGAAAGGGUACUUUGGGAAUGCAAUCGCUCGGACGGCAGCGAUAGGCAUGUCGGGCGAGAUUGUGUCAAAGCCGUUGUCUUAUACUUCGAGUAAGAUCAGAGAAGCAAUAGAUAAGAUGACAGGUGAGUACGUGAUAUCACAUCUUGCUUUUGUGAAGAGCCAAAAUGAUAUGUCUAGGUACCGUAAUUUCCACACACUUGGGUGCACCAAAGGGGCUUUCUAUGGGAACCCAAAUGUUGAGAUCACGAGUUGGGCAUCUCUACCUCUCUAUGGUGCUGAUUUCGGGUGGGGAAAGGAGAUUCAUAUGGGACCUGCAGCUAUGGGUUAUGAUGGCAAGUCUUUUAUCCUACCCGGCCACGACGACGACGGAUCCUUUACCAUUCCAUUGCGCUUGCAGGUGGCUCAUAUGGAUGCUUUUAGGAAAUUCUUUUAUGAAGAUAUCUAAUUAACACUUUUAAUGGUCAGCCUUCUGACUCAUACUGUUAGGUCCCUCCGUUGGUCGUGUUGUCCUUUCUUUCAAUCCGGUACAUGCACAGCUGGGUAGGUUUAAGAUGAUUUGAGUACGACAAAGACAAAUUUGCUGUACUCAAUAUUACUCAGAUUCAAAGAAACCUUCAGCUAGAGCAUCUAUAUAUGCAUGGGUUCUUUUCUCCUUUGUAGCCUUCUUGUUUACUCUUUUUAAACCUCACAAACUAUUUAUUCAGAAAAGCAUAUCAUGCAAGAUCGGGAAUUUCUGGACGGGCUAGUGUAUGCGGGCUGGUGGGGGGCCUGGGUGGCGAGCCGAGCAAUGGACUGAACACUAUACCCAGGUCCUACCCUAUUCUCUUAUAGGGAUGGGCCAGGCUAGGUUUAUACGGGCUCAGACUAGGCUUGGGCUAGCCCGUGGGCUCUGGGUCAUUUUUGCAAGUGCACACGGUCUAGUUCCAUUCGACUCCAGUUCUGAACCAAAUUCAACUGAUCUUAAAAAAUUAGAAGUUUAGAACUGAGGCUUGAAACCGAUCUGUAAAAGAACAUGAUCUAUAAUAACUUCUUUUUAUAGUCGUAAUGUUGUACACUUCUCAACAAAUUACAUACAUUUUUCAACAAAGUAAUUUUAUUUUUCAUCGUA